AUGGAAUUCCCAAAUGCAAAGAAGACUAACAUUGUUCAUUCCCUUCCUACUGAAAUUAUUAUUGAAAUUCUUUCACGCGUUGGUGCUGCAAGUGCUCCUGAUUUAUUUGCAUGCAGAUUAACUUGCAAGGCUAUUAAUAAAAUGUCACACGAUGAGAAGAUAUAUAAGAAGAUUUCUUUCGAACAUCUGUACAUGCAUUCGUUGCGUAAUGAUGAAAAUAAAUCAAAGUUCUUUGAUUUAUGCUUGCAAUACAAGAACCCAGAAGCACUCUUGCGUUAUGGCAUGGUACAGUAUUUUACAUAUGUGUUGUUAGAUGAAGGGUUGAAAACCAUCGACUUGGCACAUGCAAAGGGCAAUGUGUUCGCCACAUAUUUAUUGGGACUUUUGCUUAUAUGCAAUGUAGAUGAAGAACGCAAAAAGAGGGGUGUAUCGUUAUUACUAAGUGUUUUUCACCAGCAUCCAAUAGAUGAAGUGGUUCAAUUAAGAGGAACUUUACGAGAUAUGAUGGUGUCCCUUUGGUUAAACAAUAACAUUGUUUGUGAGUCAGAUGAAUUGGUAAAGUGUGAUCAAGGGCACCUUCAUGCAUAUGACAACAUUGUGGACAAAUGGGAUUACUUCGCAUGGCGUCCUGAUGAUCUCAAAAAUUUAUGUGAUGCAUACUUAUGUAAUCGCGAAGCAGCCUUUUUUCUACGCUUGCUUCACUAG